GAAGUGUGGGCUCUCAUCAAAAGAAACACACUGGGCCAGUCACUGAGGAAACUAUUGCAAAAAGGAGCCUUUAAUGCAGAACAUUAUAUUUUUUCAUGACAUUUUCAGGAACCUUGGGAGUCUAUUCUUCAGAGUUUAGUGAAGCUGCAUCAAAACAACGCAAUCUAAAGGCACAAAAGUCUUGAAUUAGACACAUUGGAUAGUACCAGCUGCAAAAACCAGCGCUGUUUUUUUGUAGUGUUUUUCUCUUUGCACUGCACUUUAACACAUAUUUGUGAUUUCAUCUCUUGAUGUUUUAGCUCCAGGCUGCUUUCCAAUUAUCUGCCUUGCUUGUGAUGUCGUGGCAGUAAAACAUACUGUUUGUCUGUGCAUGUGAUUAUGAACGAUAAACACGGAUAUCCUCUUCUUGCUCCAUUAAAUCACAAUACGAGUGUCAAUUAAGCCGGGUGGCGUCACUGCACACCUUCUGGGAGUCAUCUGAAGAUGGAGGAUGAGAUGUUUAAUCAGAUUGUGGCCGUGUUCCACAGCCUGGUAACUUGGGUGGCUGCUGGUGCCAUGGUUUUCGGGGGAUUGGUGCCCUACAUCCCGCAAUACAGAGACAUCCGCCGGACCCAAAACGCUGAGGGCUUCUCCACAUAUGUGUGCCUGGUCCUUCUGGUGGCUAACAUCCUCAGGAUACUAUUCAGAUUUGGCCGUUACUUCGAGACGCUGCUGCUGUGGCAGAGCAUCAUCAUGAUCUUCACCAUGCUCAUCAUGCUGAACCUGUGCACAAACGUCCGCACGGCCACUGAACUCAGCACCAAGAGACGCUCCUUCAUAGGUCAGAAACCUCUGCACACCAGAUAAAACCCAGUUAUCUCAGUUCACUGUGUGAGGAAGUGUGUGUGUGCUUUAAAGUGACGCUUUGAAUGUUAAAGGCAUGAAAGAGUGUGUGUGUGAGCGAGGGAUGAAAGAAAUAAGGGAUAAAAUGAAAGAAACCCCAACAGUGGCUGGAUUACUGCAUAUUACCCUGCUUAUUACAUGGCUACUUUCCAAAUGAAUCAAUAAUUAGACACACAAUAUUGAUUAAAACAUUGUUAUUGCGGUUUUCCAUCACUGUCCAA